GGUUUCAUCAGAUCACGUGUUCAAUUUAGUAAACCAACACUACAACCCGAUAACGGAAGGAAAAUCAAGGGGGACGCGAAGAGAUCGCCAUCUUAAUUUCUUCCGUGUGUGAACAUACUGCUGUUACUCAUAUACUGAAAGAUAGACACCACAUAUAGAUAUGUCUGAAAAACCACCCCCAUACCAUCCAGAACAAGGGUACCCCCCACCCCAACAAGGCUAUGGCCCGCCUCCACAAGGAUACGCCCCGCCUCCACAACACGGAUACGCCCCUCCUCCGCAAGGAUACCCACCACCCCAACAAGGAUAUGCACCACCUCCCCAUGCCGGAUAUGCCCCACCCCCACAGCAAACUCACUCAUCAAAUACCACGGUGGUUGUAGCAGGGGGGGCAGCAGCACCGGUUAUUGUACAACAAGUUCCUGAAAGGUUUGCUGACAAGAUAUGCUUGAAUUUGGUGAUCAGCUUAUUCUUUUGGCCGUGGAUCAUAGUGUGGAUAUGCAUGGUAAGGAAAUCACAUAGUCCAAAAUAUCAUAAGUAAUUUUAUGCCCCCCCCCCCCCCGAAAAGAGGAGGCUAUCAGCCUGCCCCGGUUGGUCGGUAGUUAUGUCGGUCGGUAGACCCAACUAUUGUCCAAUCAAUAUUGUGAGAACUCUUUGUUUGACAGACCUCAAACUUGAUUUAUAUCAUUAUUAUUAUUGAUUAAUAUUGAUUUCCCCUAAAAGCUGAUAACUCCUAUUGAUUUUGAGGUCAAGGUCAAUUCACUCUGGACAUAGGAAGGGCUUGUCCGAUCAAUACUGUGGAAUCAUUUUAAUUCAUGGGGGCCAAUGUUCGUGGGUAAGCAGAAAUGUUGCUAUUUCCUGGGGACGUAAUUUCGUGGGUAAACGAUACGAUGACACUAGGAGAGAUAACUCUAUUUGGUUUUAAAAUGUUCGAGGACACGUAACUUCGUGGGUAAAAGAGACCCACGAAAUCCACGAACAUCAAUCCCCCACAAACAACGAUGUUUCCACAGUAUAUUGAGAACCCUGUGUUUGAUAAACAUCGAACUUAAAACACUGGUUUCCCCUAAAAGGUAGAUGACCUCUGUUAGUUUCACAUGUAAGGUCAAAAGGCCAUAAAUCAAGGGUCAAUCCACUCUGAACUCAGGAAUAUUUUCCGCUCAAUAUCUUGAGGACCUUUUGCAUAACAGACAUCAAGCUUGGUAUACUGGUAACCCCUAAAGAUGACCUGUCCUGGUUAAAAUAUCCUAUUGUAUUAUGCCUUCUGUUCAUUUUGCAUAUCAUCAGGUCAUAAAUUAAUUCACUCUGGAUAUAAAAAUACACUGCUUAUUAUUUAGAACCCAUCGUCUGAUAGAAAUCAAAUUUAGUAUUGCGGUUACCCUUGACUAGACGAUAGUAGUAAAUAACCCAUAUUUUGCACUACUAUUUGACAUUCCAACUUUAAAGUCGGUUCUUCUUAAUAUUGCCAUGCAGGUGGCAUAUAUGAACAAGUAAAGGAAAUUAACUCUGAUCAAUCUCAUAAAUCCUAUAAAAAUACAAAAUUAAAAACCGUGGCAAACACAGAUCCUUGGUACCAGAGGUAGGAGGAGUAAGCAUUCCCUGUCGACUGGUCACACCCGACGUGAGUACUAUAUCUUCAUCAAGUAAACGGUGUUAUCCGUAGUCAAAAUUAGUGUGUAAAUGCGUCAGAUACAUGUAGCAGUCGACAUAGUGAUAGCUUGUAUUGGCAAACUAGAUCGUUAUAACUACCAUAGAAUUUGCGAAAUGCUGACUUAAAAUGAGAAUGUUUAAAUCUGUGCAACAUCAGUUUAUUUGUCGCGUGUUAAAUCAGUUUAUAGAUAUAAGCACAAUAUGCAGGUGAUAAUAAAAUAUUGCUACACGAAUACGAAAGGUUGAGGAUGGAGAUGCUGGUGAAAUCUCGCUUGUCAUGAAUUUGUGAAAUCUCGCUUGUCAUGAAGUUGUGUUGGUACUUUGCCGUUGACAUCUCUGUUCAAUAAAAUAAUCAGAUAUGAAACAGAUAUAGAAGACGCUGUGGUGUUAACUUGUAUUUUAUUUGGAGUUCACUGGGAUUUAUCAAAUCCACAUACAUAAACUGUAGUAUGAAUGAAAAUGAGUAUUGUUAAUAGAUAAAACGUCGUCGAUACAUGUAUAUAUAAAUUUCGAGCUGAAGACCACAGCAAGAGAUUUUCUAAAACGAUUUUGUUAUCUCUUUGUAAACUGAGAAAUUUAACUAAUGUGUAGGUAGUUUUGAAGUACAUUGUAACUUAUUUCUUAAAUACCUAAUGAUAAAAUCAUUGAAUUUUCUUUUCAGUGUAUUUUUGAGACCUAGGAAGACAGUUGUUCAAGCAAAGAAAGGAAGUGGAGGUUGCAAUUCUUACAGAACUUUUUAAUCAUUGUAUGGUUUCGGAUGAUUAACUACUUUAGCAAAAGUGUUGUUGAGAUGGGUUUUUAUUUCUGUAGAACAGUAAUUUUUAUUCAUAAUUCACAGGGAAACUGUAUUUCUAAUUUUGCUAUAAAAGUAUUUCUUCCAUGAA